AUGGUCGGGUCAGUGUCGAGUCCCCCAAUCACCAAGUCUGGAAUAACGUACCGAUACGAAUGGGUGGUGUAGAAAAAUACAUGACGGAGUUAUUGCGACACCUCAUCGGGCCAAGAUGGGCUUGGACUGCAUCUUGUUCUCCUGCCGCUCGUCGUUCUCCCAGAUCCCAAAUAGUCGGAAGACCGCCAGGCUUCGUCGGUGAGCACGGCAAGUUGUUAUCUUCUUCCUCUUUUUCUUCCCUACGUCAUUGUCGUUCCAUUGUGAACUCAUGCGUUGGAGGGGCGGUGGUGGCCAUCGUGGGGGGAUCCAGGGCCUGUUGUUUUGCGUUCUUCUGCAGUUGUCGGCGAUUCUUUUGUGGCAUCUCUUGUUUUGACUUUGAACGAGUCCGGUUUGCGUUCGGUUUGGGUCGUCAGGGGGGAAGGGGGGAGGACGAGGGCUGGCGGAGAUGGGACUUCAGGCCGCAGGGACACGCUUGCACCGGCCGCACCUGACGCCUACCAACACCCCGACGGCCUCGCGGGCCGCCUUCCCCGCCGUGGCCUCGUCUCCGGUUAAGCGGCUCUUCGCCUCGCCCUUCCUCGGGAUCGGUUCGGCCAAGCUGUGCAGGACCCGGUCGCUGGAGAUUCUGUGGGGGAGAGGAAGGCGAAGCCAGGAGCGAGUCCUGCGCCGGGCCUUCAGCGCCAGCAUCGAGCGCUUCGCGGUGAAGGGUGGCGACUACGAGGACGAGGACGAAAAUGAGGUGUUGGGGCAGAGGCUCGAGGACACGGCCCUCGAUCUCCAACGGCAACAAGGUGAUGGCAGCGAAGACGACGCGAUCCAUUCUGAGUCGUGGAGUGAAGAAGGUGAUGUGUUGGCCACCACUGCGUCCCUCUGCUCCGAUUCGAGACCCGCGCCUUCGUCUCCGCCCGAAUCGAAGAAGCAAGAGCCAUCGACGGAGCCGCCGUGGCUCCCCGUCUUCCCGGUGUCGCCAGACUGGCGCGACCAGAUCGUGCCGGCGAGCGUGGAGAAGAACGCGAACAGCAUGGAGCUGCCGCUGUCGCUCAGGAUCAUAAAGCGGAAGAAGCGGUGGGAGGAGGGGUGGUUCCUGGAGGCGGGCGAGUCGGCCUGCUGCUCGGUGAAGCGGGCCUUCUCGACCAUGGUGUUCAUGAUCCGCGAGCUCCAGAACCACACGCUCCAAAUGCGGGAGGUGAUCUACCGCGAGGACAUCCAGGGGAUCCUGGCGCGGGUGCAGCGGGAGAUGAACUUCUCCUUCGUCUGGCUCUUCCAGCAGAUCUUCUCCUGCACCCCGACCCUCAUGGUCUCCGUCAUGCUCCUGCUCGCCAACUUCACCGUCUACUCCAUGGGCCACCUCGAUGACGCCGCCAUGGCCACGCCCAAUCCGCCGAUCCAGUCGAUGGUCGUGAUGGAAGACCUUGGCCAAAACCACGAAGAACGCUCCUCCAUCAGGUUGUUCUCUUCGAUCGGAAAAAGGACCGCUUCCAUCGGAGGAACCGGUGCGGGGGGCGGAGGGAACGCGAAGCCGGUGGCGGGGGCCACGGACGAUGGGCGAUCGGAUGACGUAUCUUUAUCGUACCGAAAAAUUAUUUACGACGGCACGUCGAGGGCGCCGGCAGUGGUGAACACAGAAGAGGGAGGAGGGGGAGAGGACGCGUUUGUGGCAGAGGCGACGGUGGACGAGGAGGCGGAGGAAGCGAGAGUUUGGAAAGGGAUACUGGAGGAAGUUUCGAGGAUGAAUGCGGACGCGAGGGACGCGGCGCUCAUGGACCGGGAGACGCUGCUGCGGCUCGUCUCGCCCAUCACGGUGGAGCUUGCGCCCGACGACUACCCGGUCUACUUGCAGACGGAGAUCAUGUACCAGCAGGCCCUGUCGCAAGACCCGGAGAACGCUCUUCUGCUCGCCAACUUUGCUCAGUUCCUCUAUCUCGUCCUCCGCGAUCACAACAGGGCGGAAUACUACUUCAAGAAGGCAGCGGGGUUGGAGCCGGCGGACGCGGAGGCACUGAGUCGGUACGCGAGCUUCCUGUGGCUGGCCAGGAAGGACCUUGUGGCCGCGGAGGAGACCUACUUGGAAGCCAUUGACGCGGAUCCCAGCAACAGCGUCCACAACGCCAACUACGCCCGUUUCCUGUGGAACACCGGCGGCGACGGCACCUGCUACCCAUUGGACUGCAACGACGCAUACCAGUAGUCACUCACCACCACCAACAAGUAACGAAUAGCAAUAAUAAUUCACCUUCACUACCACAUCAACCCAAGAAUAAUAAACAGGAAAUGAUUCCGAGAUCUGCUAUCUAAAUAUUAUGUAUAUACAAUAGAUAUAUAUAAAGUUUGGAAUUGCAUUAAGGAAGCUGCUGCAAAGACGAGCUACGAAGUAGCAGAGACUUGAGAAACCUCACGGACGAGAUGGUGAAGCAGCUGCAGCUGCAGCUGCAGCUGCGGCCGGUGGAUGCUGCACAUCAUACUCCUCAACCGUGCACUGCAGCAGCUUCUGUCGUGGAGCACAUGGGCGAGUUCGUAACGUAGGAGACGGCGGAUAAGAGGUUUGGAGGGGGCAAUGCGGAAGACAACACGCCGAUCUGAACGAAGGUGGCGAUUCGGGAGGGUCACCUGCUGGAUUGGUAGUAUUCUUCGAGACCCACUCGAGAGAUGAAGCCAGCCUGAGAAACUUCACGGUCUCAACGGGACUCCAGAGCGAGCGACGCAACAAGUGAUGAUCGUUCUCAGCGAUACUUCAAACGCAGACAAUCUCAUGACUUUGGUCGGCAAGGAAUGCCACGCAUUGUUCUUCCAAACCGUUAGUGUUUCUUGAGUUUUUCUUCGUGUAUACUCGUAUUUAUUGAACUACAUAUCUGAAUAAACAUA